CGGGAGGCGGCGGCUGCAGAUCGGUGUCAUUCCUUCGGCUGCGGCGUUAGCAUCGGGGGCUCAUCAGGCUGGAGCUGGCCGGAGGAGAUGCCAUGGUGGGAACUAAGCCGGGUCCGGUCCAGAUCGUCCUGGUUCACAAAGAAGAACAUUCCUUUGAGUUGGACGAGAAGGCCUUGAGCCAAGUCCUCCUUCAAGAUGCCAUCCGUGAUCUUGACGUGGUGGUUGUGUCCGUAGCGGGCGCUUUCCGUAAGGGAAAGUCCUUCCUGCUGGACUUCCUUCUGCGUUACCUCUACACACAGAAAGAAGACAUCAACAAUGAUUGGCUGGGGGUGGAGAAUGAGCCCUUGACGGGAUUUUCGUGGCGGGGGGGCUCCGAUCCCGAGACCACCGGCAUUCAGAUCUGGAGCGAAGUCUUCAUCGUGAUGAAGCCGAGCGGGAAGAAGGUUGCUGUUGUGCUGAUGGACACCCAGGGGGCCUUUGACAGUCAGUCCACCGUCAAAGACUGCGCCACCAUUUUUGCCCUCAGCACCAUGACCAGUUCCGUUCAGAUUUACAACUUGUCCCAAAACAUCCAAGAAGAUGACCUCCAGCAGCUGCAGCUCUUUACCGAAUACGGGCGUCUGGCCAUGGACGAAAUCUUUCUGAAGCCAUUCCAGACGCUGAUGUUCCUGGUGCGAGAUUGGAGUUUCCCAUACGAGUAUGACUACGGCUUGGACGGGGGCAUGAGUUUCCUGGAUAAACGCCUGGAGGUGAAAUCUCACCAGCACGAAGAGAUCCAGAACGUUCGCAAACAUAUCCACUCCUGCUUCACCAAUGUCAACUGUUUCCUCUUACCUCACCCGGGACUCAAAGUGGCCACCAGCCCAAAUUUUGAUGGCCGUCUGAACGACAUCUCCAACGAAUUCAAGGACCAGCUGAAGCAGUUGAUUCCGUUUGUCCUGGAUCCUAGUCAGCUCUUAGAAAAGGAGAUCAACGGCUCGAAAGUAACUUGCCGAGGCCUCUUGGAGUAUUUCAAGGCUUAUAUCAAGAUCUACCAGGGGGAAGAUUUGCCACACCCCAAAUCCAUGUUGCUGGCCACAGCUGAAGCCAACAAUCUGGCUGCUGUCGCUUCGGCCAAAGACCUGUAUUACAGCAGCAUGGAAAAGAUCUGCGGCGGAGACAAACCUUAUGUGGCCCCCGAAUUGCUGGAGGCGAAGCACCAGGAGCAGAACUCGCGGGCUCUGGAGCACUUCCGCCGCAUCAAGAAGAUGGGCGGCCGGGAGUUCAGCCAACGUUACGAGGACGAGUUGGCGCAGGAGCUGAGCGACCUCUUUGUAGACCUGGCCAAGCAUAACCAGAGCAAGAACAUCUUCAACACUUUCCGGACGCCCGCCAUCCUCUUCGGCAUCAUCGUGGUGCUCUACGUAAUCUCUGGGAUCUCCGAGUACAUUGGACUGAGCUUGAUUGCCCAGUUGUGCAACUUAAUAGUAGGGCUGUUGCUCCUUUCCCUGCUAGCCUGGGGCUACAUCCGCUACUCGGGCGAAUACCGCGAACUGGGCAUUGUGAUUGACAACACGGCGGAGUUCGUGAUGGAGAAGAUACGGGCUAUGCGGUCUCCUGUCCAUGCAGCCCCCUCCAGAGAGCAGCCCCCGUCCCCACCACCGCAGAAGAAGUCUCAGUGAACCAGGCGAACUCCCAAGACAUCAUCCUUGAUGGUGGAAACCGUCGGCUUUCCGAUCCAGGAAUCGCUUCUGCAGAGCUUCUUCAUAGACAGCUUUUAAGUCGGGGGGGGGGGGGGGAUCUCUGCUCCAUUCUUCCCGCUCACCUUCCUUUGAUGGACCCCCCCCUCCUCUGGGUUUUUUUCUUUUUUUCAUUUCCCCUCCCCUCCCUUCAAGAAAGAAACCUUCUGCACUUUAAAUGGGGAAACGAAACAGCCGCUCGAAAACCAUUUCCAUGCCAGCCAGUGCCUUCCGUGACGAAAAGGAAAAAAAAAAAUCAACCCCACUGUCGUUUCAGCUGCCGGCGUUUGUUUUCGAAGUUUGUCGGUUGUACCAAGGAGAAGAUGCCAACUCCCCUUCCCCCACCCCCACCCCAAAAAAAGCUUUCCCCGGCCCUCCCCAGGCAUCGACCUCGGAGUGCCUAAAUUACCCAGCUUUUCUUUUGGUGAAAGUUUGGCCAAACUUCGAAAGAAUUCUGCUGAAGGGCCCCGGCGGGCCUAGCCAAAUCGUUAAAAGAAAAUUAGGAAAGCUAUUUUAUUUUCAGUGCCUUUUCAAAACUGGACAGUGCCUGCUUCGACACCGAGAGGAAUUGCGUCCAGCCAGCAGCUCCACUGCCUUAGAAAGACGUCUCAGGAAGCUCGGAAUUUGAGGGAGAAACGAGAGGCCGUUGGCGCGUUAAACAUCUCCCGCAUCGCCGCCAGUGUCUCUGUAUCUCUCUCUCUCGCUUUCGGUACGACGUGGUGUCCGCUUCGUUUUGGUUCUUGUAAUUCACCUUGUACCGCCGGGACGUCGAAAUGUGAGGGGGAAUCUCCUUAGCGGCCCCGCUUGGAUCUCUUUGGGAUCUCCGUCCAGAUCGGGGGGUGAGCCGUGCGGGACGUCGGGAGUUUUCCAAGGGUAGUCAAGACAUUGUUCCUUGAAUGCGGUGCCGGCGUUUGCAUCUGUGUAUACCCCACUCUUAGGUUUACUGGGUUGAGACGUAACCAGUAGCGUUGCCCUUACUUACUGGUAUGGAGAAUUCACCCUCCCCCCUCCUUUCCCCCCCCUGCUUUUCCCAAGCUUGUGAGGGUGAAUGGUCUUGGUCUCCUCUCUGUCUCUGAAGGCUGUUUCCCCAUUCUCAGCCACGCUGUUUAACGUCCGACUGUUUCUCCUUCUUCGUCACCCACCAAAUCAACCUUGGGAUGAUUCAUAAAAACUCCGUAGCAGGGUAUGUGCCCCACAGCUGGCAAACUUGUCCAAAGCUCUGGGCGCCACCGGGACCCUCUGUUUCCUCCCCCCGUCUCCUGCUCGGAAACCCUUAUAUAGGCCUCGCACCAAAAAUUAUUAUUACUCCGCUCCAAGCUUUGAAUCAUUCUAGCCUCCCUCAAUCACUACGGCUUCUCCAGAGGGUGAGGAUAGCUUUAUGUAUUCUUCAAGGUGCCUUUUUUUCCUUUUUAACCUUUUUUUGCCUUAUUUUUGCUGCUGGAGUCUCGCUUGAUCGCAAAGCACGAAGGUUAAGUCUUUUGGGCCAUUAGAAAGCAAGGAGCAAAAACUCGGUAGAGUUUUUUCCUGGCUUAUGCUCACGAUCGCCCUCUGGUGGCCAUUCCUUUCACAGCAAGUCUUAUUUUCACAAGAGGUUUUUUGUCGUUGCUGCAUUCUACCUCUUUUUUUUGUUUUGUGUUGUUUUGUUUAUGGGAAUUGUCACCCCCCACAACAUCACAGGCCUCUAAGCUCCCAAAUGCAGCUUUGUUUUCUCCGGGGAAGAGCAAAAUCUCUGAUCUCUCAAAUGCCAACUUUUUCAACGUUGGGGUUUUGCGCCUAGAAUGAGCUAGUUUAGGUGAUUCUUUAUUUUGUACCUGACACAGCUGAGUGUGGAAUCUAAAGUCUGGUAGGAAGACACCGAUCCUUCUGGGCUGCGCUGGGAAACCGUACGGAGAAAAUGCAGGGCCGGGUUUUCUUUCAAAGGGUUGAGUGGAAAUUGGAGAGCUGUGUUCGUGUUCGAGGGGACAAUUCCCAGAAUUCCCUUUGGCCGUGGCUCCUUGGAAUUCUGGGAGUUGCAGUCCAAGACACCCAGAGAGAUAUGUGUAGGGUGGGGGGGCGGGUGAGGGGGGAAAGGGAGUGGAUGCUUCUCUCCCGGCUGUUUCCGCCUUUCGCUGUUUUCAGAACUCUUUUUGACAACUUUGUCGGUCACAAAGUUUCCCCCCUGUGGACCAAUGUGGUCAGGAUGUUGAUGCUGAAUUAUAUUUAUAAAGCACAAAAGAAAGCAUUCCACUUUGCAACUGCGAAAAUAAAAGACUGGUAUACUGAAAUGGUG